AUGGUAAUAGUUAAAGCAAAAACUGGCAACACAUACUGUCUGUCGAUGCACGUUGUGCGACACAGCGACAUCGUCUCGUGCGAUCAUAACGCAACACAACAGUGUUUAGUUUUCUUGGCAGUUAAGCUGGUGUGCUACGUUCAAUAUUCAGCCCGUGUUUAUUGUGAGCGAUUAGUGAUAACGUGCGCUGUUUAUCGUUGUAUAACAUUUGCAUACAAGUGCAAGAAACAGUAA